CUCAACUUUCCUUCCCGGUUAUGUCUUCUUUGAGUUGGACUGCUCCUCUGAGGACUCCAACUCAUCUUCCUCGACCGGGUCUUCUUCUCCUGACUCCAUGCCCGGUCAGGUUCCCAACUCCUAUAUCCCCGACCCGCAACCUGUUAAUCAGAUGCCCGGUGAAGUUUUUAUGGGGAGGGAUGAGCCGGUUGAUGGCGAACCGGGUCCCUAUGACCCUGAAAACGAAACCCGGGACACGUGGGAGGAGCGGCUCCAUGCCGCCGGUUACUUUCCGCUCCCCACCUUUUACGUCCUCGACAUUCCUUCCCAUGUAUCCAAAAUUGCUUUGAACAAAAUCCGUAGGAGGCUCCCGGAUGGGUAUACACUUCUGUAUGAACAUAACUGGCCCAACAUUGUUGAACCCCACCGGGAGAAUAUGAUAGGGUUCCACAUGAUUUCCCUAGAUGCGGGCAUCGUUUUUCCUCUUCGCCCCCUCCUAACCGAAGUAUGCCAUGCGUUUAGGAUUUUACACGGCCAGAUAACUCCUAACGCCCACCGGUAUCUCCAUUCCUUUGUAAAUAUUUGCUCUCACCUGAAAAUCGAUCCCUCCUUGCGUCUUUUUCUUUUUUGCUUUGAAGUCUUACCGGGCGGGUCUGGCUGCGAAGGUUUUGUAUUCUUCAAAGCCCGUACCGGUAGGAAGUUCAUUUCCGAAGUCCCCCAGAGUAACCGGGGAUGGAAGGAAAAAUUUGUUUUCAUCGAGUUUUCCCCCUUCGUCACUCCUUUUGCCGGUCUAAAAUGGAAUGACCAUCUUCUCGAUCAAGAGCACGCUGCACCGGCUUCCUCCCCUGACUUGGAAGCAAGUCUUGAAAUUCUUAUGCGCGGCGAUCCAUACACCGGGAGGGUCUUCCACUAUGGGAGCUGGGUUUGGCGGGUUGAAUCGGGUGGUGAGGGUACCUCCCAAGCCCAUGAAGCAGCGGGGCGCGAGGAGAAACCGGGUUUCUCCCAGGCCAACCCUACCAAAACCUUCCCGGUCAACCAAGAGACCGUGGAGAUUUUGGAUGAGGACAAACCCCCAGACUACCGGUCUAAGGGGAAGGAAAAAGAGAAGACCGGUCGUCGGACCAAGAAGGUGGCCACCAACCAUCCCUCUGCCAUGAACAAGAGGCAAAGGACAGAUCCCGGUGCGGCCCAUCAGACCAUGGAGGAGGCAUACAUCAACCUCGGUCUGCGGCUGAGGGAGGUUGGGGAGAUUGGGCCCAUCACCGCCGACCGGUUGGGAAUGGACUCUCCAACCGAGAUGGCCGGGUCCUUGGGGGCAGAGAACACCCGAUUGAAGGAGGAGAAUGGCCAGCUGCUGGACGAGGUCUCCGAAACAAAAAGGGAGAUGGCGGAGAAGGAAGAAAACUUCCCCGGGCGCGCAGCUGCCUGGGUUGAGGAAAAUAAGGCUGAAGCUGCCCGGGUGCUGACGGCGAGCCCAGAGGCUACCAUGGAAUCCUACAGGCUUCUAUACCGGGAGCCUGAAGGAAAGAAGCUGAUAACGGCAAUUGGGUCCUUCGGAUUCAAAAGCGGCCAGAAGAAAGACCGGGCAGCCUCCCACCGGAUCCUCCUGAAGAGAGACCCGGCCUUCACUGCGGCUUUCUACGGCCUGGCUCCCAUCCCGGAGGAAGAGCCAACUCCCCCUUUUCCCCUUCACUGAUCUCCUCGGCUGUGCCCGGUUGAAUUAUUUUGUAAAACUUCGAACUCAUUUCCCCGGAAAUGCCCGGUGUAUCUGUAAACAUUUAACAUUCUUGUUCCGUUUGAAUGCCAUGUUUAAUUUCCUUACCGGUUAAUCUUCCAUAUCUGCUUGCUUGUUGAUUU